AUGACUGUGGUUGCAACCGUGCGCGCGCGUCGUGUGUGUUGCAAGGAUCAGUUGGAGGGCCUCCUGUCGAACGUGCUGGACAGGAAGAGGUACGAGCAGCAGGUGACCGUAUUCAUCGUGGGCUUUCAGGAGACCUGUGAUCAACAAGAGCAGGUCCUGACCCAGCUGCAGGAGUUCUUCAGUAAGAAUUCACGUUUUCCUUCGGAUUAUGAAGAGACCGUUGACAGAGAUGUUCUCGACUUUGACGACUCCACUGAAAAGGUUCAGGAAGCACUGCUCUCUGCUGAGAAUGCGACCCAGAGGAUGCUUGAGCUUAGUAAGGAGAUGAUGUCCUAUCUGAGCAUCCUUGAUUCAAAAGGAACAAAAAAAGGGCGCAAGAGGAUAGAAAAAGCCUUGAAUCAGGCCAAGGGUGAUGUUAACCAGCUGACUGAAAAGCUUCUGGCAGCUUACAAGGGUAUGGAGCAGAACGAUGAGAACUUGAAGGCACUUUUGAAACAGAAUGAAAUCAAAACGCUGGAGAGCCAACAUUUCAGAACCCAUGCUGCUGCCACAAAGAGAAUGCUGGAGACGUGUCAGCAGGACUGGGAGGUGCAGAGAACUCUUCUGCAGCGACAGGUGGCCACAGCCGCGGCACGGGCCCAGGAGACCGAGGAGGCCCAUUGCCAGGCUACAGCCCAAGUGGAGAGCCUCAUGCGGUUAGUAGAGGAGCAGGCCAAGCAGCUGGAGGCAGUCGGGGCAUUUCCGCACACAGGUCAAGUGUUAACUGCAAAAUGGCAUCCUGAAGAACCACAAGUCUAUGAAAGCCGAGAUGAUGCCGGGAAAGAGUCCCCUUUGGCUUUACGAGCGGAGUGCGAGCAGCCCAUUCCACUGCCAUCGCCUGAAGAGGAAACGCCGGACGGAAAGUCAUCUGAGAAGAGCAGCCCUCGCGGCGACUCUCGGCUUCCCGCAGAAUCGCCGAAGAGUCCUCUUUGCGACAUAUCACCGCCUCUGGGAAGCCCGGCGAGCACCACCAGCGUGGCUCCGCGUCGUGGGGGCACCCACGGCCGACCGGGAGAGGCGGCGGUGUCCCCGAGGUGCGUCAGCGAGCCAUCGGGCAGCCCAACAAGCCACGGGGCCGUGGGUGCAAGGAGUGAAGAGGGCAGCCAAUCGGAACGGAGCAACCCCAGUCCAGUUGCGGAGGAACGUCUGCCAGAGGAGGCAACUCGGUUGGCGGACGACCCGAAGGAUUGGGCUGUGGCACGCGUUCAUGAAUUAGAAAAUGAAAUUACGGGUCUGAUGGAGAGCAAACAAAGAGAAGUUAAGGCUUUAAAAGAAGAACUCCGAUGCUCAAACGCAAGCUGGGAAAAGGAGAGGCACAGUCUCAAGGAAAAAGUGAACCAGAUGGUGCAGCUUCAAAAGUUUGCUCAGAAGGAUUUUCAACGGUCAGCAGAAAACAGCCAGACAGCAGUGUGUUCCUGGAAUGCAUGGACACACAUGAAGAGUGAUGCCCUCAUGAGAGAAAAAAGCUCCUCUGCAGGAACUAAAUACGAGCAAUCAUCUUCUACCCUGACUGGUGAAACAACUGCACCCUUUGCCCAAGACUGUCCUUCCUCAGGCAUGCAUGGAAAGACUGAGGCACUCGUGCCUGCUGUGGAGCCUGUGUAUCAAGAGUUCCUCAACGUCUACAGCUGUACCAUGAACCUCAAGGACAAUGUGGUGGAGUUGCUCGUCAACAGGGGAAUGGCUUCGGCAGCAUCUGGCCUUCAAGUGGUGCAGCACUUGGCAGUUGGAGCUGCUGAAGAUCUGUUUGUUCAGGCUCAGUCCAUGAGCAGUUCCAUCCAGACCAUUCUCAACGAAACCACCGGCGUCAUUAUCAGUCUGCUGAAUGAAGCCACAAUUGCAAUGGAAUCGCUACCCCAACAAAGAGGGAAGAUGCUUGAAGACGACACCCAUGACCUUACGCUUGGUUGUGAAGAUCCAUGCUUUCAUCGUGACUGUGAGCUCCCAAAUGCUGGGUCUGUGCAGGGUUCUGUGAACGUAACGGAAGAUGGCCUAAAAAUGACAAGCUCUCUGGAGAUGAUAUCCAGCUUCGGCUCGACGCAGCGAGUUUUCAGAUCUACCUCGGUGUUUGGUGAUAGCUCAGAUGAGAACUCCGUUAAGCAGUUCCCGGUCUCGAAUGUGAAGGUGGUUUACCCUGCACUGGGAAUCGAGGAGGCACAAUCAUCCGAGGGAUUUUUGCAGGAGCGGGUGCAUUUCCUAGAACAAAAACUCGAGGGCAAACAGCUGGAAUUGGACGAGGAGAGGGAGAGGAAUUUGAAACUUGUCGCAGAGCUCCGGAAGCAGAUACGUGCCCUGCAAAGGAGUGCACUCGGAGACAACGCUUGCUCGCCUGAGGACCCAACCUCAGCUCAAAUCUUCGAGUCCAUUGUCUUCUUCACCCGGACCGACAUGGAGCACAAUGUUCGAAAGCUACGGCGAGGAUUUUACAACGAGAAGGUCCAAAGAGGCCAUUGUGAGGAUGCGAUGAGUGCGAUGGAGAAGAUUGUGGCAGCGCAAAGGAAGAGGCUGGUGAUGAUGGCAGAACGCUACGUCGAGCACGUCAACAUGAAGAGGAUCCGGGACAACGUCUCGAGGAAUUACAGCGACUCGCCGCCGGUGUGCGCCCUGUUGGGAAGGAUGGAAACUCUGCAAAGCAAGCGACACGGGCACUGGUCCAAGCAGAUGGCCGAGCUGAGCACGUCAAGAAUGCGUGCGGUGGAGCAGCUGACUCGCACACUGUGUGACAUCGAGGAGGAGAGUGGACUGUUUCUUAUUAGGCCGUACCUCUCCUGGGCAAGCAGUGUCAAGUCCAGAAAUUCAAAAUGCAAAAAGGUGACGCAUCAGCCUCUCGCGGAGAGACGGUCGAACGCUUCGAUUGUAUUCUCGAAUCCACCUCCCUCACCUGCAAAGUCGAAUCCAGUCUCCUUGCAGGGACAUGGUGAAAGCAGCCUCCAUGUCCAGGGCUCUUGGCCUUCACAGGGUUUACAUUCUUCCUCCCUGAAGCUGGGCAAUGCCUGCAAGAGAGGUCAUGGGUCAUCAUUGUCAUCGUUGGCCAGCAGUCGCUGCACCUCAAGCACCAUUGCCGAUCCUCACUUUCACAAAAGAAGCCUCCAGAAGGCCCCCUGCCAGCAGCACCUUGUGAGCCCAAGACUUUCUCCUGGUGGGGCAAAGAUACCGACGGGAUGCCAAGAUGACGAAAGUCGACGUCUUCAGAUAUUUAUAAAUUCUGGGCAAACGACUGCAUGCCAAGCAACGCAGCUGUUCUUCGUCAAGGAGAAAAGCUCCCAGCGCACUUUGCCACCAUUGCAUGUGCUCGCCGACUUGGAGCCAAAUAAGGACACAACGCCGUGUUGAUGGGUGGCCAACGUGGAUAUAUCCCUUGGAGCCGUCGGCUUUCAGAGUAAAUUAAUAACACUUUGAAUGACGAUUUUAAAGAAUGCGGCAUUGACGAUGGGGAAGUUUGUGUGUGUGUGUGCAUACACGGCGAACUUGGUCAGCUUACGUAAGGUAAUGUUCUCGCGUUGCGAACUCACUUUUUUCCUGUGUAAGCUCUUCCAACCUUGGUUGCACUUGCACGACGUUUUGACAGAAAACCUUGACAAGAGGUACCUGGUGCAAACCCCUAAGUGGAAGUUUAGUUCCAACCCCUCCAAUCUCCAGUGGGUUUGGCCAAGUGGGCUACACUAGCACAUCACACCUACAUCUCCGAUUGGCACGGUUGGUUCCAUAUGGUGCGAAAGAAGUUCAACACACAUACGUACAUGUCAUUCCCAACUGCCAAGCAUAGAUUAUUUAACACGGCUUACUGUGGUAGUGGUAGCCGAGUAAUUAGGGCACUGCACGGACAUUUUUUGGCGACCUGGGUUGGACUCCUAUCCAUGCAUGACAUCAGUGGAGUGAGGUAUCAAUGUAUCUGCCAUGGGCCUCUGCUCCGUUAUUUAAUUCAUGUGAAUACGAUGAAUGAGGAGGAAGGUGGACAAACUCCAUAACCCAUUAUGUGCUUAGACCAGGGGUCGGCAACCAAAAUAACAAGAAGAGCCAUUUCUUUCCAAUUCGGUACAAAAUUCAGUAUUUCAAGAGCCGCAAUGCAUCUGAGUACAUACGUACUCAUCGUCAAGAAGCAGCCCGUAAAGAGCCGCAUGCAGCUCCGGAGCCGUAGGUUGCCGACCCCUGGCUUAGACCAAGUGUUGCUCAGUACUAGCAUUUGCCUCCAAAACCUAUCAAUCCGCUUCCACACAUGAACAAUCAUUUCUACAACCAAAUGCUCUUUAGGUCACCUGCAAAACCGCUUUGUCUGCAUCAGAGUGAGUAGUCAGAAUCGGCAUCUUUAAUUUAGACUGCAAGAGGAGGAAUCCGAUGAGCUACGAAUCUCUUUUCAGCAAACAAUGACAAUUAAAGGAUGGGAUUGCCAAGAUAGAGACCAAGGUAAGCCAGUCACUGAAUGGUAGUUGCAUGACAAAGGAUUUUAAACGGUGGUAUUCAACAUUGUAACGAGCAAAUCGAAGUGCGCAAAUGUGCAGCACGCGAUCAACUGCAUUGCGACAUAUCGCUGAGCAGAUCACUGGGAAAAUGCCCGUGUCCACUGUGAGCAGCCGUGAGCGACUGAUUGCAGAGACGUCCACAUAUAAGCGAUUCAGUUGCAUGCAACCGAGUUUUUGCCGUUGAUUGCUUGGUUGUGGACCCAGUUGCUUAAGAUUAUUCAUAUAUGAAGGGUUGUCAUAAAGUUUUUAGAAAAAUAUACAAAGCAUUUUCAUAUUCUAUAUCUGAAUGAUAAUUUUCAUAAAAAAUGCUACAUUGAAACAGUAUGAAAUAGAGCAUACAUUUUGAAUGCCUUUUCUACAUAACUCUCAAAAUUUGUACAUCUUGUAUACAUUUGUUUGUGCAAUAUCAUCAUCAGUCAUGAUCAAUCCACUGCUGGAUGAAUGCCAAUACAAGCCAUCGCUUGUGGAGGCAUUUUCACAAAUACUAUCAAUAAUAUAUAAAAUUCUAGAUUUGAAGUUUUCGUGACUGCUGGAGCGGUCACACCUGAUAACGGAUGCUUGUGUUGCUUCCGAAACGUCGUGAUUUAAUUUAGUUGUUUUAUUUUAUUUUGUUUUCACCUACGUGGCUUUACUGAAAAAAAACCAAAGAGUAAUAUGUAAAAUUACCAUCCUUCUUAUAUAUACAGCGAUGUCGUUUUUCAGCUUAUUGAUUUUUGCACUAUCAGUCUCAAAGUAAAAUUGGCGAUUAUUAUUUAGUUUCACUUGGAAAUGUUGACUUUGGCUGGCCUUCUUCAAGCAAAAAAAGUGUGUACGCAUGCCUUUAAAGCUUCUAAUUGGAUAACUAGCGUAUACAUGCGUUGCUGUUGACAUGCUGGUCAGAUGGGAAAUGCGUGAUUAAUUUUCAGGGCAUUUAAAUGCUCAUUGCAAGUGUAACUAUAAUGAAAUUAAAUCGUGGUCAUUUCUUCAGAUUAAACGUUUUGUUCCCCUAGGUGUGUGGAAUCAUUUCUGAAACGAGACCACACUUAGACGUGAAAAGCAAUGGCUUUUGUUUAGCACCAAUGCUGACUGAUGCAGAUAUAACAUCGGCCGAAUGGAUACCGUGGGAAUGAUAUUUUUGGUUCCAUUUUCCUUCACUGAAAGUUUCACAGUUGAAUAACCAGAGAAUGCAACUGUUGACCAUAGUGUCUGCGUGUGCAAUUUGUGAAGAGGCAGAAAUUCCGUGCAUUUUUCGCGCUCGGGUAAUAAUUGUACGGGGUUUGCAUUCGUGCGCCUUAAUUUGCGUUGAUUUUUUUGUCGUUGUGGAAAAUUGAUACUCCUUUUUGUUGGCAAUUGGGUGAAUUGUACUGUAAUUGCCAUGACAUUCGGGGUAACCUAAUAGCUUUGCAGCAGCAUCUCAGGUACACGCAAAAAAACGCGUGCUAAUCAUCGUAAUGGUUUCUUGUCACCACGGUUGUGGGAAUUAUUGUCUCGGCUACAUUUAAAGCAAGGAAACUAAAACGUAAAAUGACGUAAAGUUACAUUUUUUCGAACAUAUUUUUUGCAUAGUUUUUGGUUUAUGUCAUAUGUACCAUGUCUUCUUGUAUAUUAGUAAGAUGUUAUUUUGCAUCGAAUAUGUUGUACACACCUAGUACAUGUAAUUAAGCUUUUGUUAGCAAAACGAACACACGUAGUUGUUUUUCAUCUCUUGUUUAAAAUGAUUAUGAAAUAUUCAAUGCCAUAGGUGCUACUUCUAUUUCUAUAAUAAUACAUCGCAAUGUUUUUAAAGCUUUUUUAAAAUGAUGAAUUUCAUAUAUCACUGGCAUGAACUCAACUAAAAUGUCUCAGGAGCCCAAAAUGUAUUAUAUUACGUUAAUUAAUUUUACAAAUUGUAUAGCUGUUCAAAAUGGCUUGCGUAUUUUUUUUUAUUUGGCUGCCAUGUGGGUAUUAAUUUUAAGACCAUAUUGAUGAUGGUGCCAAAAUACAUACAAAACGCUUUUUGUUACUUUGGCCAGUGUGAGGACACUGGAGACGAAUUGCAUAGGAAACAAUACUUGCAUUGAUUUUUUUUUUUGCUCGUAAACAUGAAUUCGGUAAGUAUAAACCCAUCUGCACAACUUGUUUAGCAACGAGCAGUUGUUUCUGUUGUGAAAUAAUACGAGACACAAUAUGGGUUUACUCUGGGACCUCAGACAUUUGGAAUUUGAAAUAAAGUGAAUAGGGCCUUAGGCCCUCGCCAGUCAUUCAAUGUUUUCUGGUAUUUUGACCACAAGGACGAUUGUGUUUUGCACGAAGGACUUCUGGGGA